AUGGUGCGCCAAGUCCGACCCCCGAAGCCGACCCCAACGACCAGUGCCUCGGCCACCCUGCGCGAGGACAACGAUCCACCAAACAUCCCGGACCAGAGCGCUCCACCCGCAAUCGAUCUAGACAUCGAUGUGAUGACCGUUGCGCAGCUUCGACAGCACCUCCAAGCCCACUCCAUUCGCUUUCCGUCCCGGGCGAGGAAGGCAGAGCUCGUCCGACUAGCUGCAGAGCAUCACAGGCAGAAUUCGGAUGCCAAAUUCGAGCCAGAUCUCCCAAUCGACAGUCUUGAGGCAACGCCCAACCCGACCGCAGCUGACCAAGCCACUCUGAACGACAAGCCAUCCCAGCCCACCAGCACAGCUCUGAACGCCCCAGCCGCUUUGGCUCAAGAUGCGGAGGUAAUGACCAUCGCCCAGCUGCGUAACUAUUUGCAGACCUGUGCAAUCGCUGUACCAAGCCGAGCCCGCAAGCCGCAGCUCCUGCAGCUCGUGCAAGAGCAUCAAGUCAAACCGUCUGACAUACAGGCUGGAGAUCUGACUACCCUCUCCGCCCAGCUUUCAGACCUCUCCGUCGAGGCAGACCAGUUCAUAGACGACUCCACCACCGACGCUUCAACCAACGGGCCCAUCAAUGGCGUCUCGCCCGAGGUCGACACCAACACGCCCCUCCCAAACAUACCCAACCCUACCGACGAUAUCUCGUACCUACAUCCAAGCUUCAACCCGAAAUCCCUUACGAUCCCACAGUUGCGGAAUCUGCUGGCCGCCCAUGAAGUCGCUUACACCAAGGCCAAAAACAAGGCUGAUCUUGUCCACCUUUUCGAAGCAAACGUAGUCCCCAGAGCAGCCGCCACAAUCCAGGCCGUAGGCACCAUUGAGAAAACCGAUGAAGGGAUUGUCGACGCGUAG